AGCGGAAUGGAUUCUCUGGACGUCCUCGAGCUCGACUGGUGUCGAAGAUGAAUCAGUAGAAGCGCAAUACAAAUACUACAUCAUCUCCAAUGUACAGAAGCGCCUCAUCUUCGAAAUACUACUACGACAGCGCUCAGGAACGAUCCAAAUCGAAAUCGUGCAGGACAAUGCUGCAGACAUAAUGUUACAAAGCAACGACGUGACUUCCAGGUGGAGUCUUGAACUCUUAACAUCGAUUAGAACUGGUAGGCGAAGCCCCAAAGCUGCCUUGAAAAAGCUGCAGCUUACUAACCCUAACGAAGAUGAACUAAGUGGCGACCCAGUCGUAGUUCUUCCCGGUGGCCAGGGCGAAGACUACUCUCUAAAGGAAGCAGGCAACCAGGGCUGGGAGACCGACCUCUCAAAAGUCUUGGCGCAAGCUUCCAA